ACAGCGCGUCUGCAGUUUCCGAGGACGCUGAAGCACACAUUGUGUCGCGUGGCGAGGGCGGGCCUCGUGACGUAGAACCAAGGCUCUGGCUGUUUAUUGUUCCUUCUUCGGCGCCGACACACCAAAACAGGCGAACGCGCUGAGAAGCAGCUUUCGCACGCAGUUUACAACGGUGUGGUAGUCUGACCAGCUUACUGCGUAAAACGAGGGCCAUGGCAUACGCUUACCUCUUCAAAUACAUCAUCAUUGGAGACACAGGAGUUGGAAAGUCAUGUCUAUUAUUACAGUUCACAGACAAGAGGUUUCAGCCUGUUCAUGACCUCACCAUUGGGGUAGAGUUUGGAGCGAGGAUGAUCACCAUAGAUGGCAAACAGAUCAAACUGCAGAUCUGGGAUACGGCUGGUCAAGAGUCAUUCCGGUCCAUCACUAGGUCUUACUACAGAGGAGCAGCCGGAGCAUUGCUUGUCUAUGACAUCACGAGGAGGGACACCUUUAACCACUUGACGACCUGGUUGGAGGAUGCUCGCCAACAUUCCAACUCCAAUAUGGUCAUUAUGCUCAUUGGCAAUAAGAGUGACCUGGAGGCACGGAGAGAGGUAAAGAAAGAGGAAGGAGAAGCUUUUGCCAGAGAACAUGGCCUCAUAUUUAUGGAGACCUCGGCUAAGACUGCCUCGAAUGUUGAGGAGGCUUUCAUCAACACAGCCAAGGAGAUUUAUGAGAAGAUCCAAGAAGGUGUUUUUGAUAUCAACAAUGAGGCUAAUGGUAUAAAGAUUGGACCUCAGCACCCUACCACCAACUCAACACUGCCCGGUAGCCAGGGAGGCCAACAGGCUGGCGGUGGCUGCUGCUGAAGGCCCCAAAACAGACCUCUUCAUCCUCCUACUUUAACCCCUGAGCCCUCUCCAAACCUUCCCCAACCUUUGCGUUUCUGCAGAACUGUGCAGGCUCGGUAUCAGUUUCACCACUCUCUCUCCAUCCUGUCAUCCAUCCAUCUCAUGUCUUCAUUGUCUCUCUGACCAGUGUGUUUCUCUCUCUCUCUGUUUUUUUUUUUUUUGCUAAAUCACAUCUGAGGGUCUCGUGGCAGCAUCCAAGGAGCUCAACCCUUUUAAGAAGGGUGUCAGCUUUACCUCACUAAAUUCUGAAGUUCACAUUUUCCUUGAGAAGAUGUAUUGGUUUUAAAUGUAUUAGUUUUAAAUUUGACACCAACGGGAUAAUGAUGAUAAGAAGAGCCUCUAUUGGGGAUGGUGGUAGUGAAUUUAUCCAGCCAUAUAGACAGACCUGUAGGUAGGGUGGGGGGGAACCAAUCUGACACUAGCAUACUGUAGUAAAUAAUAAACCGUGUGUUGCCUAUACAAACACAUCACCAUGUUUUUGAAGAAAAUAAGGCAGCACAUUGGUAGAAAGGCAUGUUUGUACAUGUAGUGCCUGCGUGUAUAGGGAGGCUAUAGGCAUUCCAAUGAAGUCAGUCUUUUACGUCACAAACCACUGCUCAUAAAGCCCCCCACCCCUUGUUAUCCUCACCCACUCUUUGUAUUCAUGUCAAAUUGCAGGUGAACUGUAGUUAUUGAACACUAACCAAAUGUCUGUUUUAAAUUGUCCUGGGGAGAGAAUAAAAGACCAAACUGUUGAGUGUCAGAAUUAAACCUUUUGGAAUGGUAAAAAAAAAUGUUAAAAUUCAAGGGGGAUAUUGAGAAGUGGCUGUCAACAUGAAGUUUAGAAAUAAACAAAAACAAAAAAAAAAUGAUUGGAAAUGUUUUGUUAACUAUUUAUCAGGCGCUAUUCUUUGUAUAUAUGGAUCACCAGAUUUCUGUAGCUUAUUUGGCUGAUAAACAAUGAAAGCUGUGGUUUUCACCGUGGCUUUACAAAAAUGUGAGCAAGAUUGGCAGAGACAGUGAUACCUUUUUGGACCUUCAAGCAGCUUUUAAACAAUUCUCAUUUAAAACCAAGGUCUCACCAACCCUGUCGCAAGGUUUUGGUGGUGCUCUUUUCCUGUAAAUGACACGAGAAUGACAACAGGCUGUUAACAACAACUUGUAGAGUCCCUGGUGGAGAAUCAACUCAAACGUCACGGCUCCCUUUUAAGCAAGCCGUGGCUCCCACCAUGAAAUAGUUGGAAGAUGCAUAACGUUUUGUUUAGAGCUUGAUUGACUGCUGAAAUGUUUCUUUGCUUUGCAAUGCAACUGCAUUUUACUGUUUUAAUCAUUGUUUACUUAUUCUGUUCCUCUCUCCAAGCAUCCCGACUGCUCACCACUCUUUCUCUGACUGUGUGGUAACAGUUGUGUUUUAUUGCCAAAACAGCAUGUUUACCUGUGUUUCGUUCAAUAAAGUGGACGGGGAAAAUCACUCCAUUAUGAUCUGACAUCAGGAUCAGCUGUCUGCCUUAACGCUACCCGCUGGAGAGAUUUGGACAGUUGCUAAAAUGAACUAGCUGCAAACAGGCUUUACCACAAACUUGCUUUAUACUCAUGUAUUACAUUAGAGACACAUUUUGUGGAGUGUGGGGGGCAUUUCAUUUAAAUUCUCAUAAAUUACUUUCCUACCCAUUCCCUGUACGCACACACGUGCCCAAAGUACAAUAUAUAAUGAAUACUUAUAUUCUGUCUAUCCAGUAUUUUAACUAUAGAUGUUGGGAAGCUUUUUUUUUUUGUUGUCAUUUUAGAUAUAUGUCAGACAGAUGUUAAUCGUCGGUUGAGGAUUAUCCUUUGUAAAGUAACGUGUGUGCAUGUGUGGCCAGACAGGCCCGCAGUGGUUACAGGGGAAGGAUCAACCCAAACUUGAGGCAUCUAUUUAUCUAUAUAUUGAUCUAUCUUAUCCUUAUCUAUGUGUCCCUUUUCCUAGCCCCUCUGUAUUAAUUUUCCUGCCCCCACCCUCUAUUUUUUUUUGUUUGUUCUUUGAAAGAAAAUAAAAAAAUAAAAAGUGCUAUCACAAGCAAAUAAAACAGUCUAAACUCAACAUGUCACUUUA